AUGGAGGUGGCACCACCAGAUAAGAUAGAGCCAAUUGCUGUUGUCGGCCUCGGGUGUCGUUUUCCUGGUGAUGCGACCUCACCUCAAGCUCUCUGGGAUAUGCUAUUGCGUGGUGACAGCGCGUGGUCGGAAUUUCCUGAGAACCGUGUUAGAAUAUCAGCAUAUUUCCACCCAAGUGCAUCACGGCAAGGGGGUAUAUGUUUUCGUGGAGCUCAUUUCCUGAAACAGAAUGUAGCUGCAUUCGAUAGCUCAUUCUUUAGCAUCCCCGCCGAUGAAGCAAAAGCUGUCGAUCCUCAGCAACGUAUGUUACUUGAAGUUACCGUAGAAGCUUUGGAUAGUGCUGGCAUUGAUCGCAAUGCUAUACGCAAAUCAGAAACAGGAGUAUGGAUAGGUUCAUUUGUCAAAGAUUAUGAACAAAUUAGCCUUCGUGACUACGACAAUCAACCGCAAUAUGGUGCAACGGGUAACGGUACUGCGAUCAUGUCUAACCGUAUUUCUUACUUCUUGGACGUCAACGGCCCCAGCAUGACGAUUGACACAGGUUGCAGUGCUAGUCUUGUGUGUGUGCAUCAAGCUUGUCAAAGUCUUAUUACCCGGGAAACUGACAUGGCCAUUGCCGGUGGUGCUGGCUUGAUAUUGACGCCGAAUACCAUGAUGCCAAUGACUGCAUUGAAUUUCCUGAGUCCAGACGGUAAAUGCUACACUUUCGAUGCUCGUGCCAAUGGCUACGGUCGUGGAGAAGGUAUAGGCAUUGUUAUCUUGAAGCGGCUCACCGACGCAAUACGCGAUAACGACAACAUCCGCGCUGUCAUUCGAGGCACCCGCCUCAAUCAGGAUGGCAGGACUGCUGGUAUAACACUGCCGAGUACGGAGGCUCAGAUAAAAAACAUGCGAGGCGUCUAUGAGCGUGCAGGACUUGACCCUGCUAGGACUGCAUACGUUGAAUGCCACGGAACGGGCACGCAAGCAGGAGACACGCGAGAGUUGAGAGCGCUCUCCCAAAGCAUUUGCAGCACACGCACAUUCGAAAAGCCUGUUUAUGUCGGCUCGAUUAAGACAAACAUGGGUCACCUUGAAGGCGCCGCCGGCGUUGCCGGCCUUAUCAAGGGCAUUUUGACUGUGGAAAAAGGCAUGAUUCCCAAACAUAUCAACUUUGAGGCCCCAGGCAAUCCUGCUAUCGAUUUUCAGGGCUGGGGAAUCAAGGCACUUACUGGUCUCAGACGUGCUAGUGUGAACUCAUUCGGCUUUGGUGGGACCAACGCUCACGCGGUCAUUGAUGAUGCCGCUCACUACCUUGCGGAACGUGGUAUUUGUGCCAGCCAUAACACAGCAUUCCUUGGCGAUACCCCAGACCCUUCUUGCAGACCAUUGCAUGAACGUAAAGCAACCGCCAUGGCUGUCAAGGCCUGGAGGAGAACUGCUACGCACCAAUCUCAGGGUGAAUCUGUUCCACAACCAGAGUCGAAGUCACAUGUCUUUGUUUUCUCCGCUCAUGAUCAGCACUCGCUCCUGCGCAUGGUUCAGAACCAGGCACAGUACGUUUCAAUGAGCUUCGUUGACUACUCUGAUCCAACUCACAUUCUGGAGAACCUUGCCUAUACGCUUGGAUGCCGGAGGACGAAAAUGAACUGGAGGACAUCUGUUGUUGCAAAAUCGCCCGAGCAACUUGUGACGAAAUUACUAGCCUUGAAAAAGUCAGAUGUAACUCGAACAUCUGAAGAUAAACGACCCAACAUUGCUCUUGUAUUCAGCGGCCAAGGUGCUCAGUGGCAUGGGAUGGGUCGAGAGCUACUCGGUUUUGAUGUUUAUCUGGAAUCUAUCGCCGGUGCAUCAAAGUACAUGACUGACAAGCUGGGCAGUGAGUUCAGCCUACUUGCCGAGCUUUUGAAGGAUAAGAAUUCUUCGAGGAUCAACAAGCCCGAAAUUUCCCAAACAGCCACUACUGCGGUUCAGAUUGCCCUAGUCGAUUUCCUGAUUCAUCGUUGCGGCAUCAUUCCGACGUCUGUAGUUGGGCACUCUUCAGGAGAGAUCGCUGCUGCUUAUGCUAGUGGAGCAAUCUCGCGCGAGAAUGCGUGGGAACUAGCAUAUUAUCGUGGCCUUGCCGCCAAAUCUCUAACCGACAUCAAGCCCUAUGUGGAAGGUCGGAUGCUGGCCGUGGGACUAUCGGAAUUUGAAGCUGGUGGGUACCUGGGAAAUGCAGCAAAAGGACGCAUCACCAUUGCUUGUAUCAACAGUCCCUCUUCUGUGACUCUCUCGGGCGAUGCUGACGCCAUCGAGGAGAUUCAGCAGAUGCUUAACCGCGAUGGAGUGUUCAACCGCCUUUUAGUCGUCGACAUCGCCUACCAUUCUCACCACGUAUUACGGUGCGCGGAUGGUUACAGUAAUUCAAUUGCACAUAUACUUUCAAGAGAGCCAGCGCGUAGCGUCUUGAAACAUCCAUAUGCAAGAGGCAAACUUCUGAACCCUUCUGACCUUGACAUGGACGCAACAAAGCCAGAUCAAAUUCCAGAAAAUGAGACUACAACAGUAUUCUCUUCCGUCACGAGAAACCCCAUUGAUUGGCAAUAUCUGAAUCCUGCAUAUUGGAGAGCCAACUUUGUGUCACCCGUUUACUUCCACGGCGCAGUGACGACAAUGAUGCACCGUGAAGAUGGCAAGAAGCCGGAUAUCGUCAUCGAGGUGGGACCCCACGCAGCCUUGCAGGGCCCUCUCCAACAGAUAUUCGAUUCAGACCCCAUCAUUCGACAGCCUCCCAAGUACUUUCCCAUGUUGAAGCGUGGUGAGGAUGCGACGAUGACAGUUCUUGAAACUGUUGGUGAGCUCUGGGCCAGAGGUUGUAGGAUUGACUUGGGCUGGGCCUUGAUGCGCAACAUACAGAUGCAAGGCCCAAGAAUGCUGGUAGACUUACCCAAUUAUCCUUGGAAUCACGAAAGCUUGCACUGGUAUGAGUCACAUUUAUCCAAAGCCAACCGUCUUGGUAAUCAUGGAAGGUACGAUCUUAUUGGCCGUCCAACUCCUGAUUCUAUUCCUUUCCAACCACGUUGGCGGGGCUUCUUGCGCGUUAUGGAAAAUCCUUGGAUAGAGCAUCAUCGAGUCCAGAAAACCACGAUCUACCCUGCGGCAGGAAUGAUUGCCAUGGUUCUGGAAGGCGCCAAACAAGUCGCUUCAGUCUCAGCUGCAGGCAUCGAAAUUUCCCAGUUCACAAUAGAGAAAGCAAUGAUGAUUCCAGCGACAGAACAUGGCUUGGAGUAUGCUCUGAACAUGAGCAGGCAGGAGACCGAGAGAAGACGCACGCCGCACAAGUCAAGCUAUGCUCAACUUUCAGCGGCACCUUCGACAUCCUAUGAGUUCUCGAUCUACUCGAAGCCCUUUGACGGGGAGUGGCAACAGCAUGGCUCCGGUAUUGUAAUCGUCUAUCAUAAAGUAGAUGCUGCUGAUGGGUUGACUGGUCAUCAGAAUUCAUACGAGAGCGAUCUUAGAACAAAGCACCAUUAUGAUAGAUACCUCUCUGCGAAUCAAUUUUGCGAUAACCCGGUCAUACCUCGCCAGCUGUACGAAGGACUUGACGUAAUUGGAAUGAACUACGGUCCCCUCUUCCAGAACAUCAUCUCUUUGAGCAAGCGAGAUGAUACAUGUGCUUUCGUGGUCCGCAUUCCGGACAUCAAAGCUAUCAUGCCAGAGCAGUUUGAAUACCCGCACAUUGUGCAUCCAGCAACGCUCGAUAGUGUCUUUCAGACUGCUUUUAGUUUUGGCAGCGACUCAAUGGUGCCAUCUUACAUCAGCAGCAUUUAUGUAUCUAUGGACCCUCCACUACCAAGCGAAGCCGGGAACGAAUUCGUCGGAUACGCUAAAGCUAAGCAUCAAGGUCUUCGGGAGGCAAGCGUCAGUUUUACUCUGUCGGAUCACUCUUGGAGAGAUUCGGUCACAGCUACCAUUCAGCCACCACUUGUGAUUAUCAAGGACAUGAAGUUUACUCGUGUUUCCACAAACCUAGAUCUCGGCGCGGCUCGAUUCAUUCCUGACCACCACAAUUUAUGUUCCCAGAUUAUCUGGGAACCAGUACUUGAUCUUGAUCUUGAACUUCCGCUUCGGCAAGGUAUCACUCAGCUAUCAGGAUUAGUUCAAAUACUUGUACCCGAAGAAAUGGACUGCAUCCUUGCAUCCUUGUGUGAAUUAUUUUGCGAAAGGUUGAACUGCACAUCCAUUACACUAACACAGAUCAAGGCAGGUCACAAACAGUCUGCGUAUUGCUUGUGCUUGCUUGAAUUACUUCCAGAACAUAGUUUUAUCUACGACUGGUCUGAAGAUGAUUACAACGCCAUUAGAACUUUGUUUAGCUCCACGAGAGGCUUGCUUUGGGUUACAAGGGACGCCCAGAUUGACCCAAGUAAUCCCAAGGCAAGCAUGUUCCAGGCACUUGCACGCACAAUUCGCUCCGAAACUCCAAAGACAAACUUGGCAACCCUCGACAUUAGCAAGGACACCAACCUUGUUGACCACAAGACAUUGGAGUUGAUAACAGCACUUUCCCUGUCAGUUUUUUUAAACGGUACCCAAGUUGAGUCUCGGGACACUGACUUUGCGGAGCGUAAUUCCCAGUUAUUGGUGCCUCGACUCCAGACCAUACCAUCGCUAAACAGGCUGAUGGAGCAGGGCAAUGUUCCAUCAGAACCAAUCACGGGGCCAAUGACACACCAUCAAGGCCGCUCUCUGAAACUGAAAAUUGCAGAGAUAGGUCAUCCGGAGACUUUCUACUGGGACGAUGAUCAAAAAGCUUGUGGACCUUUAGCUACAGAUGCUGUCUCAAUCAGGGUUUUAUCAGCUGGGAUCAGUGAUCUCGAUGUAAAUGUCGUUGCAGGUCGUACGCGGGAUCAUUCCCUAGGAACUGAUGCUUAUGGUAGCAUCGAGGCUCUCGGCCAAGAUGUUCAUGGUCUCAAUGUGGGAGACCGCGUGCUUGCUGUCGUGCGUGGUUCUCUUCGACAAAGUGUAAUGUGUCAUUGGUCUUUAGUACAGAAGGUCCCACAUGACACUGAUGCUUCGGUUGUGGUUCUUCCUACUGCUCUUGCUAUGGCCGACUAUACAAUUCAUACACUAGCAUCACUUAAAACAUACCACAGCAUUCUUAUACACGCAGGCGCAACUUCGUUCGGGCGCGCUGCGAUAAGAUUUGCACAGCACAUUGGCGCUGAAGUUUUUGCUACCGCUAUGAACGGCGCACAACGCCACGUGCUCGAACACGACUUUCAGAUUCCGCGGGAAAUGAUUCUGGAUGGCAACAACAACUCAUUCAUAGAGCCAUUACUCCGCCUGACUCUUGAUAAGGGUGUGGACGUCAUUUUCGACCCAACUUCGGAUUAUCGCGAGUCGAACCGUCAAUGCGUGGCUAACUUGGGACACGUUAUUAGUCUCACAAGAAAGGACACAGUCCAAGGCCAAGUCGUUGACUUCACCGGCAAGAGCUUUACUUUUAGCGCGGUGGAUUUCGCCUAUCUGAUCAAGAAAGAACCAUGGCGCCUGGGAGAAUCCCUCAAAUUCAUCUGUUCAAACGACAUCAGCAAGUGGCUACCGGAUUGCUGUAGCAUUCCAAAGGCUUACAGCUUCCAAGAACUGCCACAGGCUUUCAGUGGCCUGGUCGAAGGCGAUCAAAGUGACAUAAUCUAUUGCGUAGCCUCGGAAGAAACGGCAGUUCCCAUCAUGCCACCACGUCAGCGCAGUGUUAAAGAACGUCUCCGUGCGGACGGCACCUACGCAAUUGCUGGACAAGGUGGCCUGGGAAUGCAUAUUGCCCGGAUGCUGGCAAUGAAUGGUGUCAAACAUAUUGCGCUUCUCUCUCGCUCCGGAGCCGCUAGUGAUGCUUCCCUGGCAGCCGUCACUUUUCUCGAGCAUCGUGGCGUCAAUGUAAAGGUUCUAAAAGUUGACAUUUGCGAUAAGGAGUCGUUGAAGACAGCGGUGGACGAAAUCCGGAAGACCAUGCCUCCAGUUCGCGGCCUUUUUCAAUGCGCUGCUGUCUUACGCGAUGCAGUUUUCGACACAAUGACGUACGAUGGCUGGCAGACAGCCGUUCGCCCCAAAACUACCGGCUCUUGGAAUCUUUUCGAGUUAUUCCCGCAAGAUAUGGACUUUCUCAUUUUCCUAUCCAGUUCGGUCGGCGUCAUCGGCAAUCGAGGCCAAUCCAACUACGCAGCUGGUAACGCAUUCCAAGAUGCGCUUGCCAGAAAUAUUAAUGGUAAAGGCUCGAUGCAUUCCGUCUCCAUCGAUUUGGGCCCCGUUCUGGGAGCCGGUAUGUUGACCGAAGAUUCACACACACUUGACAAGCUCAAGGCGACAGGCUUCUUCGGCGUACGGCUCCAGGAUUUCGAGCGAAUAGUCGAGCGGGCGAUUACGGGCUACACAGAAGGCGAUGAGCGAAUGCCACCCCAGGUCGCUAUGGGCGUUGGGACGGGGGGCCUUAUUCGGCAAAACAAGCCUGCCGAUCCAUAUUGGACUCGUACCGCACUUUUCACACAUCUGAAUAAAGUUGAUAUACCACCAGACUCAAAUGAAAUCAAUAGCACCGAGGAGACAGGAGAGCAGACUAUUAGAAUGCUCCUCACCAAUGCCGAAACCAUUGAUGAGGUUCACGAUAUUGUGGUCGUCGGUCUUUGCACGGUACUUGCUACUAGUAUGGGCAAACAGGCGGAAGACAUUGAUGACGGUCUCCCGCCAAGUGCGUACGGCGUAGACUCCCUUGUCGCUGUCGCAAUGAGGAAUUGGGUCUACAGAGAGUGCGAUGUGGAUGUCUCCGUGUUCGAGAUACUGAGCGAUUCAAGCAUUUCACGGUUUGCCAAAAUAAUUGUCGAACGAAGUACUUUCGGAAAGACGGCGUUAUAA